UUUUUAAAGAGCACCAACACUCUGUUGGGCGGAUAGUGGACUCUUCACAGGAAGAAAUCCAACUGAUUACUUAAAAACAGUCCCACCCAUUUUAAAGCACACACACUGUGUAUACACACUGUUAGCUGCAGAUACACAGUUUGGUACAGUAGGAGCAGCGAGUGCAUCUCUCUGACACGGUGACAGACUAUUUCUGUAUUUCUUCUUAAGGAGGAUAUCAUUUGCUUGACUUGCAGAGGUGUAACAAGUUGAAUGUCAGUUGAAAAGCCUGUGUCUGAAGUGAGGCAAAAACAUGGGAAACGAGAACUCCAAGAACGGGGAGCUGACCGAGAAUGGGAAUAUUCCUGGGAAGCAUAGUAAUGGAUCAGUGAACGGCCUCUCUGCAAACAUCACAUCUAAUGGAUUGGAGAUAGCUGUUAACACUGAGACCAUAGUCCAGCAAAAUGGCGAGCCCCUCUCUUUAGAACUUGCCACAAAAUCAACUCAGCCUGAAAUCCUUGAAACCAUCAUUCAUAAGAAAGAGGUCAAGAAAGGUAAUGAAGAUCAAACAGAUGUAAGUCUUCCUGCCACCAAUCCACAGCCGGAGGCAGCUAACCUAAAGCGAGCGUCAUUAACGGUGCCAGAGAGCGUGACUCUAGAGCCGGGUCCCGAGAAAGAAAAAGCUCCUGAAAGUGACAAGGGAGAGGACAGUAACCCAGAAGAGAAUCCAGUUAUGAACUUCUUCAAAACACUAGUGACUCCCAAAAUAACCAAAAAGGAAACAGCUACUCCUGGUGCCACAAAAGACCAGUCCCAGAUGGAGAACCAACCAGCAGUAACCACUACUGUUGCACAAGUAUCUGAGCCGCCUGCAGCAUCCAAAGGAAUGUCUUACCCACCACCACCUCCUCCAGAACCACCGAGAAUGGAAAUCAAGGGAGAACCAGCUGCCAAACCUGUUAAACCCACACCCAAAGAAGAACCCAAAGCUGCUGCAAAGGAAGCCGAGUCCCCAAAAGGAAAAUCAACCAGAGUUGCUCUGAGCAAAUUCUUCCGUCCAAAGGUAGGGCUAGGUGUCAAGGCAUCCAAAGACAAGGGUGCUUCAGCAAGUGGAGCCAAAGCCCCGGCCAAGGCCAAGACUGCAGCAGUGACAAUCAAAGAUGCACCAGCACAGCCGUCGGUAGAAGUCCAGGAGACACCAGUGGUGCCACAGCCAGUUGUCGUUGUAGAAGUCCAGAGUGAAAAUAAUGUUGGACCCCAUGAGACAGCAGAGGAGGUGGCACAGCCAGUUGUAGAAGAGAAGGUGGUGGAGGAGGUACCACAGCCAGUGGUAGAAGCUGAGAAGGUGGAUCCCUCAAAAGCCGGCACUCUGGAGGCUGCUGCAAAGCCAGAACCGCCACCGCCUGUUCAGGAAGAAAAGAAAACUCAAAAAUCAUCCUUCUUUUCUCUCUUCAAGCCUAAAGUACUGUUAGACAACAUGACCACAAAAGUCCAGGCAGCCUCCACAAGUGGAGUUCGUCUCCUCAGGAGAACAACUGGAGUGGCUGCUGAUCCCCAGAAGGCGAGCCCUGCCCCAGCUGCAGCAGCAGAGACAGUAAAAGCCAAAGAGGAACCCAAAGCAGCAGCCAAGUCAUCAGAGGCGGUCGUAGACAACAAACCAGCUUCGGUGGCCUCCCAAGCUGGAGAUGAUGCAGCCAAUGUGCCCAGGAAACUGGAGAAGAGGAACUCAAUCCAUCUGUUCUUUAAACAUCUGAGUCAGAAACGUAACUCGACAGAUGCCGGGGUCCAGACAGAGCCGGUCCCUGUUGCUCCAGCAGCCGAGAAGGCCAAAUGAAGCCAAAGCCAACAAUACAGUUUCCCUGUACAGACUCCCUCUCUCUUUCUUGCUCUUACUCAAUCUUUAUCUCUCACUCUGUCUCAUCUCCCUCUCAACUCUUAUUGAAUUACUUUAACUCCUUUUUUUUUUUUUUGUUACUGUUCAGAAGUUACAAUAUAGAAGGAAAAGUGACAUGAAGGGUAAGAGCAUGUUGUUGAAAGACGAAGAGUGGGCAGGUAGUUGAACAAGUGGUGAUUUGAAAUGGUCAAAGGCGAGGUUGUUGAGAUUUAUAUAUAUUUUUUUUUUUUUGGUCAUAUAAAUGUCUUGACAAGUAUAGCAAUGUGAGUGUGAAACCUUUUCUACAGACAUUCAAUGUGACUUCUCUCUGUUCUUACGCCCUAACACACUGGGCUUAAGCAAUAGACAGUACCAUGCUUUGCUUUUAGCAAUUACUUUGUCAAAAGGGUUCUAUUUUUACAGUUCAUACCAGAAAAAUCACGCAGUUGUGGCUAUGCAGAGGUUAAUAUGAAAUGACUUUGAAAUAAGUACUUAAAUCUAUAUGACAUUAAAAUGAAAAGCUCCUAACAGAGCUGAUAAGAGGAGCAUUUUUGUAUAACUGCACUUACAGAUUGUGUUACUUCAUGAAAGCUAUAUGUAGACUAAAUCGCGUACGUAUCCUAACAGUCAUGUAUUGGGCCAUAUGGGAAAAUCACAAUCUUUACUGUUCUGUGGGGAACUGAUUGUAAAUGUAACAAAUUCAUCUGAGGUGGCAAAAUGGUGUCGCUGUGCCACUGUGUCCUUGUGGUAUGUUUUGCAGUCGUCAUAAAUCCCAGUUGAUUAGCUUUUCAUUUAACUGUAGCACUUUGUGUCAUGGAAUUUCAUGGAAGUCUUAUGGUGUUAGUCAUUUGUGUUUGGCAUGUGUGCAAUUAAUAUCAUGCUUAUGUUUGCCUAAAUGUAUGUACGCGUGCAUGUGUAACUUCAGCUAUCUCGAAGACAAUAAAUAUGUUCACAGUU